GUCUGAUAGAUCAAGAAUUGGCGGACCAGCUCAUGCUGAAAGGAUCAACGGUACCGCUGUGCCUUCGUUGGACAGGGGAAACGCAGCGAUGCGAAAGUGAUUCCCGAUCUGUUACCCUUGAAAUCUCAGGAACGAGCAAGACGGCCAAGAACUUCCAGCUAUCCGGAGUAAGAACAGUGGAAGAUCUGUUGCUUCCUCAUCAGACACUCAACGUGAAAGAGAUGGGUAAUCACUAUCCUCAUCUUAAAGGGCUUCCUGUUGAUUCCUAUCACAACGUUCGGCCAAGAAUCCUUAUAGGGAUGAAGCACGUGCAAGUCAGCCUUGUGUUGAAGAGCAGAGAAGGAAACGUUGGCGAGCCAGUAGCGGUUAAGACGCGGCUGGGGUGGACAGUAUGCGGUGGAGAAAAUACAGAAGGCGACGACGUAGGGAACCUAGUCCACUACACUUUCCACGUGUGUGCGUGUGAACGAACGACAGAUGAUGAGCUGCAUCAAAAUGUGAAAAAGCAUUUUGCACUAGAAAGUCUCGGCAUCUCGAAACCAGAAAAGCUUCUACUCUUUACCGCAGACCAACGAGCUCAAGAUCUCUUAAAGCAACUGACUGUUUACGAUGGAAGGCAAUACACGACUGGGCUCUUGUGGCGUCACGACAACAUCCGUUUACCAGAUAACUACAGCAUGGCUCUACGCAGGCUCCACUGCCUGCAAAGACGUCUUGAUAAGGACCCAGAACUAGCAGAGACACUACAUGGAAUGAUCGCGGACUACGUCUCCAAGGGAUAUGCCCGAGUACUCUCGGAAGAUGAACUGAACCAACAAUUUCCCAGAGUGUGGUAUCUGCCAGUGUUUCCGGUUGUCAAUCCAAAUAAGCCAGGUAAAGUGAGGCUAGUGUGGGACUGUGCUGCUUGUUCCUUCGGCGUCUCGUUGAAUUCAGCUCUGCUCAAAGGUCCUGAUCAGCUUUGUUCACUGCUGUCCAUAUUGCUACAAUUUCGAGAAAACAAAGUGGGCCUUACUGGAGACAUAAGGGAAAUGUUCCACCAGGUACGCAUUCAUGAUGAGGAUCAACACUGUCAACGCUUUCUGUGGUGUAACAAAAAAGGAGAUAUCGUGGUCUACGCAAUGCAAGUCAUGACAUUCGGAGCAUGUUGCUCGCCCAGUUGUGCGCAAUAUGUUAAAAACAUCAACGCGGAUCGUCAUGCUGAAGAAUACCCAAAAGCGUCCGAAGCGAUCCAUAAAAAACACUACGUGGAUGAUAUGCUUGUCAGCUUGGAAACCGAAGAAGAAGCAAUCAGAACAGCGGAAGAAGUGAAGUACGUCCACCAACGAGGUGGAUUCGAGAUCCGUAACUGGAUAAGUAAUUCGACAAUAGUCCUGGAGGCUCUAAACGAAAAGGGGUUCAACGAGAAAGAUCUGGAUCUAUCCCCAGAAGUCAGCACCGAGAAGGUCUUGGGGAUGUGGUGGUGUACUGUUUCAGAUACGUUCACCUACAAGAUUGGGUGGAAUCGCUAUGACCGUGCUCUUCUGGAAGGCCAUAGACGUCCUACAAAACGAGAAGUCCUGCGAGUGCUGAUGUCAAUUUUCGACCCUCUUGGCUUAAUAGCUCACUUUCUCAUGUUCCUGAAGGUGUUGUUGCAGGAGGUGUGGCGCUCUGGAGUUCAGUGGGACAAAGAGAUAACCGACGACGCGUUUGCAAAAUGGCAGCACUGGUUGAAGAUAUUGCCUCAGGUAGAACAAGUCCGAGUUCCAAGGUGCUAUAGGUCGCUAACCCUGACCCCUGAAGAUGAAGCGGAGCUCCACAUUUUCGCCGACGCCAGUGAAAGCGGAAUGUCCGCCAUCGCUUAUCUACGGUUCGUCAAACACCAGACCAUCGAGUGUAGAAUUGUAGCAGCAAAAACUAGGGUAGCGCCGUUGAAGUUUGUAUCUAUUCCCCGACUAGAAUUACAGGCCGCGGUAGUUGGCGCUAGAUUAGCUCACACGAUCGAGGAUGCCCUGUCUGUAAAAAUGUCUAAAAAGUAUUAUUGGACUGACUCCCGCGACGUACUUUGUUGGCUGAACUCCGACCACCGCCGAUACACACAAUUUGUUGCGUUUCGUGUCAGCGAACUUUUGGAGAUUACCGAAGCAAACGAAUGGCGCUGGGUGCCAUCCAAAAUGAAUGUUGCGGACGACGGUACCAAGUGGAGCACCUUUCCCGAUCUUUCACCCGGCAGUAGAUGGUUUGUUGGCCCGGAGUUCUUACGACUACAGGAAACGGACUGGCCACAACAACUUACGAAUAAUUGUUCUACAGAAGAAGAACUUCGUCCCAGCUUCCUUGCCUAUCACGUUCCCUACGAACCACUCGUGAACUCAAGCAAGUUUUCUAGCUGGAAGCGUUUGCUGAAUGUCACUGCCUACAUCAUCCGAUUCCCUGCCAACUGUCGCCGGAAACUUCGGAGGCAACGUACAAUCAGUGGACCAGCAAUGGCGGAUGAACUUGUUUCUGCCGAAACCUUUCUCCUGCGUUCAGCUCAGCGCGAUGGUUAUCCUGCAGAGAUCGCUCACUUGGAAAGAUCCCAACAUAACCCCAGCAACUCGUUGCCAAAGCACAGCAGCCUAUACCAACUAACGCCGUGGUUAGAUAGCAGAGGAUUGAUGCGAAUGCGGACAAGAAUUGCAGCCUGCCAAUACGCUACGGAAGACGCGAAGCAACCAAUCAUUCUUCCGCGCGACCACCCCACUACUAAUCUGAUCCUUACUCACUACCAUCGAAAAUUUUACCACCAAAAUCAUGAAACGGUGAUCAACGAACUUCGACAGAAAUUCUACAUUGCGAAAAUCCGUACUGCCUAUGCCAAAGUCAAGAAGAACUGCCAGCGAUGUAAGAACGACACCGUAAACCCACGCCCACCAAUCAUGGCCGAUCUUCCAAUAGCACGCCUUGCGACGUACUCGGCCCCCUUUACCCACACAGGGAUCGAUUUUUUCGGACCGUACGAAGUAACUGUGGGAAGACGCACUGAAAAGCGAUGGGGCAUGCUCGCAACCUGCUUAACAAUCCGAGCAAUCCACAUCGAAUUAGUUCCUUCAUUAAGCACUGACUCCUGCAUUAUGGCAAUAAGAAAUUUCAUCGCACGCCGUGGUACACCUAGUGUGAUAUACAGCGAUAGAGGAACCAACUUUAUCGGAGCGUCUCGUCAAAUGAAAGAAGCCGCCGAAGCAGUGAACGUGGACGAUGUAGUGAAGGAAUUCACUUCUGUCGAUACAACUUGGUCCUUUAACCCACCCUUCGCGCCACACAUGGGAGGCAGCUGGGAGCGGUUGAUAGGCAGUGUAAAGCGAAAUCUACGAACAAUCAACCCUCCGCGAAACCCAACUGAUGAAGUUCUGCGUAAUCUUCUAAUCGAAGUCGAAAACAUCAUAAAUUCUAGACCGCUAACCCAUGUCCCGAUCGACGAUGACUGCGGCCCUGCCUUAACACCGAACCAUUUCCUACUUGGUUCAUCAAACGGAAUUAAGCCAUACUCUACAUUAGACGACAGCAAAGCUGCUCUUCGACAGAACAUCUUAGCCUCACAAGUACUAGCGAACACGUUCUGGAAGCGUUGGCUAAGCGACUACCUGCCAGAAAUCACCAAACGGACGAAGUGGUUCAGUCGAAGUGAUCCAGUAACCGUGGGAGACGUGGUAGUGAUUGCCGAUCCCAAACUACCCCGCAAUUGCUGGCCUAAAGGGAAGGUCAUCGAAACACAUCCGAGCAAAGAUGGAGAAGUUCGCUCGGCCACAGUACGGACAUCUACCGGAGUCUACGUGCGACCAGUCACCAAACUUGCAGUACUGGACGUAAGGCGCGAAGCAAGUAAGCCAGCCUGAACGCUGGCGUACCUGGGGGGAGUGUGAACUGUCCUAUCGAACAGUGCGCGCCCAUUGUGUUUCUGCCUUUGCAGCAGCCCUGCUGUUGCUGUUCUUGCGGCAUUGAUUGGAGUGACAGAGCGACCGCCUGUCACUGUCGUGAGUAAAUGACAAAGAGAUGUUGAUAAGUAACGUUCACGUUGGAAUAUUUAUCGUUCACUUACUACUAUCCUAAAAUAAGUUAACAGUUAAUACGUUAAAACUAUACUUAAACCUAAUUGUUUUGCUAGUGGAGUCAGGUACUUGGAUUACUCUUAUUGAAAUAUGCCUUAAACUAAUGAAUUCUCUACAACUAGUGCCUAAACUACUGUAAACCUACUGAGGAACUACUGUGUACAGAGUACCUAACCUAAAUUUUCCUAAGCUAAAUCGGAACGCUACUAAGAAUACGAACACAGCAGCUCCAAUUCCCAAGACCCUCCGGAUUACGCUAGGGGAACUAAACGUAAGUUGAAGUUUAAAUCUAAAUGAAAAUCCAUUAUGCUACCUAUGUUGAAACAUGCACCUAUAUAUCAUUAUGCUACAAAGUUAUACACUAAAUUACCUAUACAGCAUUAUUGUAAACCUAAAAUUCAUCCCAUCCUUAACACCAUUCAGGAAUUUAUUAAUCUCCCAAAUAAAGAGCCGUGCACUACAGAUUGCUCUGGAGAUUAAUCAACCGGAAAGAAUCCCCCUUUCAGUCUGGGUGACAAUUGUUGACACUAAAUUCAACAA